AUGGCUGAAAAUUUGCCUCAGCCAACACCUUCUGAAGAAAGGGAUCUCUUAGCACAUUAUGAUCCUUUAUCAGAGUUUAACAUUCUUUCUUUUAUUUCUUGGGACGACGAAACUUUGAGAAAAUUAGCACAAGAAUGGAAUUUAAGAGGCAAGGAUGGAUUAACAGUCGCAGAAUUUAUUCACGUUAUGCUUAAAGUAUUUCCAAAACCAGAUAAACGAAAUCAACAUCAAAGAAAGCAAUGGGCACAUAAAUUAUUCAAUUUUUUCAUACAAAUCGAUUGUGAUCAUAAAAACAAGAUCGAAUGGGAUCAAUUCUUAUCAUUUAUUACAGCAUGCUGCGUAUUUGAUCGUGAAAAAACUCGUGUUGACACUGUUGUUCAAUAUCAUUUCGAAAAAGAGAUUAUAGAUCAUGCAGGCAAUUUCACAGUAUUGAAAUUCAUAUACGAUUCUAUUAAUGAUCAUAUUAUCAGUUUUAACGCAAACGGUACAGUUCAAAUUUAUUCUCCAUCAACUUUAAGUUUGAUCAAGAAAAUCAGUCUUCACGGCAGACCAAUCAUAUCUGUAUACGAUGGAGCUCUCAUUAACGAGCGUUCUUUACUUGCUGUUUGUUAUCCAACUGGAAUUCAAAUCAUUUCAACGAUGCAAGGCUGCUCUCUUGCACAAGACAUUGAAACAACCGAUACUACACACUUCUGCAUCAUGUACGAACCAGUUUCUCACUCGUUAUUUACAGGAUCUGAAAAUGGCAGAUUACAUCAGUGGCAAGCAGAGAAUUGGGGCGAAAAGCCUUCACAUAUGAACUGGCGCUGUGUCAAUUCCAUCAAAGUUACUAACGGAUCCGCAAUAACUUGUGUUACAACAAUUCCAAAUUCAGGAAGUUUCGUAACAGGUGACGAAGACGGCCAAUUAAUAGUUUGGGACACAAAGAACGUUCGUCUUAUCCAUAGGAUACAAGCCCAUCACGCUCCCAUCCAUACAAUUGUCCAUUCCGAUUCAAUGCAUGCUUUGAUGACAGCAGCAUAUGAAACAACAGUUUGCGCGUGGAAUCCAUUUAUUCCAUUCCUUAUUUCUAAGAUUACAUGUCCUACAGGUGUUGUUACAGCUAUGACAUGUCUUCCUGACUCCCCGCAUUUAGUCAUUGCUGAUAGAAAUGGCAAUUUACACAUUAUUAAUUCCAGAACUAUGCAAAUUGUCCAAACAUUCCAAAUCUCUCCUUUUGGACAAUUCGCAUCGCGUGUCAACAUCACUCAGACAACAUACAAACAGUUGACACACAGUUUGCAGACAACAGGAUCUUUCCCAGUUACUUCUUUAUGCCAUUGCGGACCGAGAAAAAGAUUUAUUCUCGGAGGAAGAAUGAUUAGAUUUUAUGAAUACGAAGAAAAUAUUCAGCCAAUGUUAUCUGAUAGACUUCCUAUUCGUGCUGCAUUGCAUAACUCACAGUUCCAUGUUAUCUGUACUUGUUCAGGUUGCAACAUAAGACACUGGGAAACAGCAAAUGGUUUGAUGCAUUGUGUCUUUAGAAAAGUAACACAAUCAAACAUCACUUGCAUGUGUACUGAUUGUCCACAGACAUUGUUAUUCGUUGCAACACAAGGUGGAGAGCUUAUUACAUUGCAUUUCCCAACAUCUUCCCUUAUGCACAAUGUCGGAAAGCAAUCUAGUGCAAUUACAGCUGUCAACCAUUUGAAGAACAUCAAUAUAAUUGUCACGGCUGGUUGGGCGAAUUUCAUCACUUUAUGGAAUAAUAAAAAUGAUGGAAGAUUGAUUGAUUUGCUCACCGAGAAGAAGGAAGAUUUAUUGUGCAUGGCUGUAAGCGAAGAAUACUUGAUGUUGGCUGCAGGAACAGGAAAAGGAGAAAUCAACAUUUGGGAUUUGAAAGAAUUUAAAUUAGUUUGCGUUUUACAUCCUCAAAAUUGCGAAACAGAAAUUCUUUCUUUGACAUUUGUUGAACAUUCUUCUUUGUUAGUUUCUUCAGAUGCUGAAGGAUAUAUCACAAUUUGGAGUGUUGUUACUGAUGAACCUUGCGCUGUUUCUCAAUUACCAAACUUUUACAUCGAAUCGCAAACAUCAAACAUCCUUUCGAUGUGCGUUGUUGAGAACUAUUUGUUGACUGCAGAUCAUUGCGGAGAAGUGAGAUUGUGGGACAUUUCACAGCUCGCAAGCCAAUUCACAGCUCCAGAUGAUAAAAAAGUCAACAUAGAAAGAGUUGAAUUCCUUUCUUUACUCAACCAGAAAGGAAAAUCCGUGAGAUACUACACAACUCAAGUUCCUCACAUUAAUUCAAGUAUUUGUGUGAUGCCUGUUGGCUCUUUCCAGUUGAUUUUGAAGUGGAAAGCUCAUCAUUCGCCGAUUACUUCAAUUUCAUCAUUUUACGCUAACAAAAAACCAAUCAUCAUGACAAGCUCCAACGAUUGCUGUGUAGCUGUUUGGGACAUGAGAACAGGAAUGUGCAAAGGCUUCUUGCAAUCAAAUCCACAGUUCGGAUUGACAGAAAGAAAAUGGACAUUGCAAUACAAUCCAAAAGAAGAUCAAAUCAUCACAGAAGAAGAUCUUUUGUUGCUUCUUGAUAGUGCAGAUAACAUUCAAACACCUCCUUCGUCACCAAGAGAAUUGGAUAUUUAA